CGGGGGCGGUGGUAGGCGAGCCCCGAGUCUUCGUCUGGUGAACGGCAGGGCGACCACUGGGGUUGGCCUGCACACCAGCAGCACCGAGUCCGUCCGUUCACCCCAUCAGCAUUUUAGUCAUCAGAAUAGCAUAAACAACAACAACAAUUACUAUGCCGCUAACAAUGUAUCAUCGAAUAAUCAUUGCAAGUUGAAUAAGGAUGACAGCAUCAAGAUCAGCAUCGAGAACACCAACACGUGCACCGACAGCCUCGUCACAGCGUUAGACGACGAGACGCUUCUCAUUACCGAUUUCCUUAACGACACAGGCAACGAAAUGAAUUACAAAGGAAGUGGUAAGGUUCAUUUUGGAGUGGACGAUGUGUCUCUCUAUGGGACACCCAAGGAGGAGCUGGGCCCAGGACUUCCGGGCCAGGAGGUCAAACAGAGCUUCCUCAAGAAUCAGCUGCAGGCGCUCUUCCAACCAACGGACAACAAGCUGGCGAUGAAACUGUUUGGCAGUAAGAAGGCUCUCAUGAAGGAACGAAUCAGGCAAAAAGCUGCCGGUCACUGGGUCAUACAUCCUUGCUCCAGUUUUCGAUUCUAUUGGGACCUAUGUAUGCUGCUACUCCUCGUCGCCAACUUGAUAAUUCUCCCAGUCGCAAUUAGUUUUUUCAACGACGAUCUGAGUACCCGAUGGAUAGCCUUCAACUGCCUUUCGGAUACGAUAUUCCUCGUAGACAUUGUUGUCAACUUUAGAACAGGUAUAAUGCAGCAGGACAAUGCGGAGCAGGUGAUACUGGAUCCAAAAUUGAUCGCGAAACACUACCUCAGGACUUGGUUCUUUCUCGACCUCAUUUCCUCCAUCCCCCUAGACUACAUAUUUCUCAUAUUUAAUCAAUUCCAGGAUUUUAGCGAAUCUUUUCAACUUCUGCAUGCCGGACGCGCACUCAGAAUCCUCAGGCUCGCCAAACUCCUGUCACUCGUCAGACUGCUACGACUCUCCAGGCUAGUUCGUUAUGUUUCACAAUGGGAGGAGGUCUAUAUAUUGCAGAACCUACAAAAAAAGCGCACUGAGCGGAGGGGGCGCCUAAGCUCUGACAAUAUGAAUAAAAAGAAGUCCGGUUUCAGCAAAAGCGACCUUAUUUUUAAGUUCCUGAAUAUGGCGUCGGUGUUCAUGAGAAUAUUCAAUCUUAUCUGCAUGAUGCUACUCAUUGGCCAUUGGAGUGGGUGCCUACAGUUUCUUGUACCUAUGCUGCAAGGAUUUCCUAGUAACUCUUGGGUUGCUAUCAAUGAACUACAGGAAGCGUUCUGGCUGGAGCAAUACUCCUGGGCUCUCUUCAAAGCGAUGUCCCACAUGCUGUGCAUCGGUUACGGAAGGUUUCCACCCCAAUCACUGACCGACAUGUGGCUGACAAUGCUCAGUAUGAUAAGUGGUGCAACGUGUUACGCUCUCUUCCUCGGUCACGCGACAAAUCUCAUCCAAUCCCUCGACUCAUCCCGAAGACAGUAUCGCGAAAAGGUGAAGCAAGUUGAAGAGUACAUGGCAUACAGAAAACUGCCUCGUGAGAUGCGUCAAAGGAUCACGGAGUACUUUGAGCACAGAUACCAGGGUAAAUUCUUCGACGAGGAGCUCAUCCUGGGUGAACUAUCCGAAAAGUUGCGGGAGGAUGUGAUAAACUAUAACUGUAGGUCGCUGGUGGCAUCUGUGCCAUUUUUCGCCAACGCCGACUCAAACUUUGUCUCGGACGUCGUCACAAAGUUGCGAUACGAAGUCUUCCAGCCAGGUGACAUCAUCAUAAAAGAGGGCACAAUAGGUUCAAAAAUGUAUUUCAUCCAAGAGGGUAUCGUCGACAUAGUAAUGGCAAAUGGUGAAGUAGCCACAUCGCUAUCCGAUGGCUCUUACUUCGGUGAAAUUUGCCUCCUAACGAAUGCAAGACGAGUGGCAUCAGUCAGAGCCGAGACUUACUGCAAUCUUUUUAGCCUCUCGGUGGACCAUUUUAACGCAGUACUUGACCAAUAUCCACUAAUGCGGAGAACAAUGGAGAGCGUUGCCGCCGAGAGGUAUAAACUUUGGCUGAACAAAAUUGGAAAGAAUCCGAAUCUCGUGGGGAACAGGGAGGAGGACCUUGGCAGUGAAUCAAAGACGAUAAAUGCUGUUGUUAAUGCAUUAGCGGAGCAAGCUGCACAUGCCAGUGCCAGUGAGGAAUCGGUGCACAGUAUGGAGCUCCGUGCCCUACCAACGUGUCUCCUACCCCGGCCAAAGUCAGAGAAUAACUUUGCCAGUCAGGAAUUGACGAGGGAGGGACGUCGAAUCUUCCACAAGAGCGAUACCUUCCACAAGGACUCGUAUCAAUGACGACACUCGUCCUAUUAGCACGCGCAGCGUUACUGAGGGAAUAUCAAAUGCACAACCGUGAUGAAUUAAUAACAGCGUUGCCCAGCUGUAUCCACCCACACGUAAGCAUCAAAAACUCGUCGCUAAUGCUCUCUGAAGAUACUAGAGGAAUUUCCACGUGUGCUACCACGGACUGAUGACACUGAAUUCCCAACAACAAAAACCAUGAGAAUGUUUAAUAGGACGUAUGGACAAUGCGCGCGCAAAAAAUUAAUUUCGUAAUAAAAUGAAACAAUAAACAUUGGGAUAACAUGAGGGGGACCCGAGGGCUAUGUUAACUUGUUGAGAGUCCUCUGGGUCGUGGCAAGAAACGACUAACAUUUAAAAUACAGUGCGGGAAUUAAUAAAACGAUAUCUUUUUACGAGAUUAACAAACAACUAAUUCAUGAAAACAAAAAAAAAUAAACGCGAUGUACUAUAAAGAGAUUCAAAUUCUAUAUAAAUAAUGAAAGAAAUAAAUUAUUGCGAUGAAUUACUACCAUUGCCGCAUUAUUAGGAAGUUGAGAGAUUAUAUUAAAUGCAGGAGGAAUACAAAAAAUAGAUUAAUAGUGAAAUGCUAUUGAGGACGUUAUGCAAUAUUGCAGAUUUUAAUUAUUGUAAUGAAAUGAUAAGUUUAUGAAUGCAGGGUUGAUAAGUACAUUUCAAUUGCACCAAUUUGAUUAAAUUGUUAUAUUUUCGGGGGCGAGAUGGUUCAAAGCGAGUUGCGACGAUUAUUAUUUGAGGGGGAGGAGUUAUCGACAAAUGUGUAAAAUAUAUUUCUCUCUUAUUUGACAUUGUUAAUACGCUGCAGAUAUCAGUUGACAUUGAUCAUGAUUUUCGAUUAUUAGAGAGUGCCUAGAGAAUUGACGAUGCAAUGAAUUAUAAUUUUGUAGCAGAAAAAAAAAAUCUAGCUAAAAGUCAAUGAAAUAAAUUGAAGGGAUUACCGAUCAAUCUCCAAUUUAAAGAAACGCAUGAGUACCUAUGCAUAUAUGUAAAUAUGAAUUAAAUACAAGAGUCGCUGUAGGAGUGACACGUGAACACGCAAAUAAAUCUAGGUAUUCACGAGAAUUAAAUAAAAAAUGAUGAGUAAGUAAGUGAAUAAGUAACGCGUAAUGCACGUAAGCAUUUAACACCACGAGACACAAGUGAAAGAUAAUUAUUAACAGAAUGAGAGGAUAAUUAGUUGAAAUAUUUUUCAUUUUGGAGAACAAUGUAGCAUUUAUCCCCCCUUGCGUUGCGCUCUACGAAUUACCUCGUGACGUUUGCUUAUUCCGUUGAGAAGCAAUAUUUUAAUGAUGAAUUAUUGAAUGAUGAAAUACAAUUGUAAAACCAUAUACAGACGUUUAAUAUUAAUGAGAAAAAAAACAGCUGUUGCCAUUGCUAUUUUCAAUUAUGAGUGAGAGAAUGAAAUUUAUUCGAUAUUUAAAUGAUUGAAUAGUUUAUUGUUGAAUGAUUAUCGGGGGGGAGAUUUCAUUGAUGAUGUGAGAGUGUUAUGUUGAAUUAGAAACAAUUGAAUCGUUGACAUUUUAUUCAUUCUGUUUCAAUGUUUACGUGAUAAUAUGAAAUAGUGAGAGGAUAAUUUUUGUAAGGACACGUGUUGAAUCGAGAAACGAGACAGCCUGACAAAACGAAAAUGAUGAAUAGGAUAUGAAAUUGUUGAAAUAAAUAAUCAAAAUUGAUAUUGAAGUGACUCGUGAGCCAAGAGUGACUACAGUGCAAUGACUUAAUUCUAGCAAUGACAAA